AUGAAAAGAUUAAAACGUACACGAGGCAAUCACUCUGUAGACUAUGGCUCAACUUCCUCACUUACCAAACUAGAAAUUUUGCAAAAGGAAAAUGAAGAACUUUCAUUCGAGCUUGCUGACACUAGAGUGAACCUAGAUCUUAAUAAAUAAAUCUAUUAUGGACAUUCUUGGCUGAAUGAAGAUACAAGACUCUAGCGAAGCCAGUAAAAAUGAGCAAAAAGCCUUAAUCAGCACUAUCAACAAGCUAGUCGAGGAGAAUCUUAGACUCCAGAAAGAAGUCGAAAGAGUACAAGAUGAGAUGAAAGGAGCUCUGACACAAAAAUUAUCAAUCCUUGACACUUAUAUUAACCCUGAGAAUGCUCCAGAAGAACAGAAAUUACCGUUCAAUCCUGAGAUUAGUGGAGAAGACACUCGAAGCUCAAGGUACCCAGGUGGGGUCAAUAUGGUAGGGGCCAAUAUCUUACAGGAUCCUAAAAAGGAUAGCUCUGGUAAUCUCAAAAAGUCUGUGAAAAGUAUUGUCAUUCACUCCUCAUCUAGCUCAGGUUCUGAUUCAAGUGGCAAUUCUUCUUCAGAAUCUAGCGAGGAGCAGGUCAUCGUCAUCACUCGUAAAAUCCAGAGUGACUACACUGGGUCUUUCCUUGAAGAAAUCGAGUCAUUAAAGAAACAAAUUAAUGGAAUGACCACUGAGAAAGAAAAUUUUCAAAAAGAGAUUACAUAUCUUCAGGAAAAAUGAGAUAAACAAGAUCAUGCUUUACAAGAACUAGAUAUUCAAAACUCAGCCCUCCUUCAAGCUCUACAAAACAGAGAGAAAGCAGAAGCUUCUUCUCUCAUUGAUAAAGCAGAUAAGGGUUGACAAGUGCAGAUAAGGGAAGAACCCAUCCCAGAUGCUCGAUUUUAUGAGUGAAGAGCCAUCAUUGACAGAUAUCAAGCGGUAUACGAAGAUCUUCAGACAUCAUACACUUUGCCUGAGGAGCUUGUUCAAGAAUGUGAAGUUCUGCAAGAGAAAUACCAAGAUUUACUCGUUUGUGCAGAAGCAUCAAUCCCUAGAGAGAGUUCCCUAGAGGAAUUCCAAGAUGGCAAGGUAGAAACACUUGAAAGUUAUGAUGAGCCGAUUCCAUUAAAGGAUAGUAGCUUGGAAAUUAGCCACAUAAAGCAUAAGAAUAAAAUCCCUGUCCUUGACUUGACAAAAGUUCAAGUCCUUUCCUCCUCUGAGGAAGAGGAAGAUGUUGCUCCUCAGCCCAAGCAGCCAAUAAAGAGUGUUUCUUCAAGCUCUGAUGGUGACAACGUUAUAAAAAUAUUUAAGAAUGAAGAUUGCAAUGAGAAUUACUUAGUCUUCCCAGAAGAAGUGAAGAAUUUAGACAAUAGUUUCGAAGAACCUCCUGCAGAGGUGAACCCCACACGAGAGUUUCACUCAAUAGAUACCAACGAGAUGCCGGUUCCAGAUACCAGCAGUGACCAUGUGCCAGCAGAAAGUUUAGAAAAUGAUUUCCAAGAAGAAAAUGAUGCUAUAUAAUUUUAUUUAACAAAUACUUUUACUGGAAAUUUUAAACUUGCAGAUUUUCUCAAAAAUUAUCUGCUUAUUCAGGUAUCAGGAAUAGAGAUAACAAUAAUGGACUGAGAAAAUUCAAAUCUUGGCCUGUUCACAAAAUUAGUGUUGGUGUAUCAAAAAUUCUAGUUUUAAAAUCACUCAUUCUAAAUAUCCCCCUUUCAUUAGGGAAUCUCCAAAAGCCGAUGCUAGCUCUUGGAUAAAUAUCUACAAAUCCUGGCCAAAGACAGCCAAUUUUGGUCGAGUAUGUCUUAAAAAUUCCUUAAAAAUACUUUAAAGGAAAAUUGUAGUAUAUUCCUCUAAGACAUAUUUUAACUCGAACAUUUUUGCAAUUGACCAAAGGAAUUGUUAUAAUUUCUGCAUUGAUAUUUACACUAAUAACAGACUUGCCAAAUAUAAAUCAAAAGAGGAUAUGAAAUACACAAAACCUGAAGGAUAAAACCAACUGAACUUUCAGACCAAUUUCAUUCCAUAUACUGAAUAAGCCCUCCAACUAGAAAAAUAAGACAGAAAUACCUUGGCAUUAUAUAAUGUCUUCAGGAAUUAUGAAAAUCUCUGAGGAAGAAUUCCUCCUAGAUAAAGCUGAAAUCGGGGAUGCAUAUAGAGAUCUCAAGGUUGGCCAGCAGCUUAAGCAGACAGCAAUGGCAUGCACCAUGAAGUGAGAUGCAAGACCUCCAAUGCCAUACAUACCAUAGCCAUACUUAUAUACUUUUGACCAAAGAGUCUGCUUUAAUGAUUGCCUUAAUAUUAACCUUGAGAAUGGGGCAAAACUAACCGACCUAGUGGAGAUCUCAGAAGGAAAUAUUCCCAAAAAAUUAAUAAGGACUGAGUUUCCCAAGCCAUUGGGUUAUGUUGAGCCUAAAGACGAUGAUGAGGAGGAAGAUAAAAAUGAAUAAAUUUGCCAAUACUCCUUCAUUUUUAUGAUUUUCCCUAC